AUGGAUAAACCUGGUUCUCCUGUGAACAAGACCAUGUAUAGAGGUAUCAUUGGGUCGCUCCUGUAUCUCGCAACAAGCAAACCAGAUAUCAUUUUCAGUGAGGGACUCUGUGCCAGGUUUCAAUCUAAUCCAAAGGAAUCUCAUCUGAAGGCUGCCAAGAGAAUCUUGAGGUAUCUUAACGGAAUGCAGGACCUGGUUUUCUACUAUCCCUCAGGAGACAAUUUCGACUUGAUUGGGUAUGUUGACAGUGAUUAUGCUGGUUAUCUGGUAGAUAGGAAAAGUACAUCUAGCAUGGCACACUUUCUAGGUUCAUGUCUAGUUUCAUGGGGUACAAGAAAACAAAGCUCAGUGGCUCUUUCAACUGCAGAAGCUGAGUAUGUGGCGGCUGCCUCUUGCUGUGCUCAACUGUUGUAG